UUCACAUCUUCAACAGAUCAAGUAAAACCAUGUCAAUGUUGACUCUACUUUUAGUUUCAAUAGUCGGAUACGUUUCGGCGUCUUGCAAAGCAAGUUCAUUGUUAGGAGGACUUGGUAGUAGUGGAGUUGUCAAUGGUGGAGCACUUAUUGGAGGUGGUGGAGUUAUUGGUGGAGCUGGUGGAAUUGUCAGUGGUGGAGGACUUCUGCUAAACACUGGUGGAUUAGGUGGAGUGAUCGGAGGAAUAAAUACAGGACUUGGAGGUCAACCAUGGUGCACAUGCAGUUUGAAAUGUGCUCCAGGACAGAUCAAAUUCAACAAGAACUGUAACUUGGCACCUCUCCUUCCUGGUAGUUUGAAUACUUGUUGUUCCUUAUUGCCAUGGUGGGUUACCAACCAGAAUUACGGUGCUUCCUUAGGAGGUGCUGGUAUCAUUGGUGGUGGAGGUAUUAUCGGUGGAGUGAGUGGUAUUUUAGGAGGUGGUAGUGGACUUCUUGGUCCAAUCGGUGGUAUUGGAGGUCCAAUUGGUGGUGUUGUCACAGGACCUGUCAGUGCCAUUGGAGGAGGCAGCAAUGUUGUCAGUGGACCAAUUGGUAAAGGAGGAUAUUAUUAAGUAUUUGAAAUAUACUCAAGAACACAAAGACUACCUGUUGUGAUAUGUUUGUUAUUAGUAGUGAUUUAUAAAUAUAAUUAC